CUCUAUGUUAUUUAUUCACAGCUAAUGGCCCAAAAAGAAGCCUUUGGAGAAAAUGUAGAGCUGGAGAUUGUUGGUAGUGUGAAGGACGCUCAAGCUGUUGCCCGUCAGCAAGCAAAUAAAGACACUGGUGUGUCUGCCAGCUUAGAGAGCUCUAAAGUUGAUGAUGAUAUAGAUGAGGAAGAUGAUGGACAACGGAGAAGAAAGCGUCCCAAAAAGAUACCCAGCAAGGAAAGUCUGGAGCAGGCUGGAAUUUAUCAAACUCACCCACUUAAAGUCACACUUCAUAUACACGAUGAUGAGAUACAAUCUACAAAACUUGUCACCUUGAAGUUUGAGUACUUAAUUAAGUUGAAUAUUGUGUGUGUUGGAGUUGAAGGCUCUCAAGAGAAUCCUGAUAAUGACAUCUUAUGCAAUUUAUUUCCGGAUGACACAGGCCUUGAGCUUCCACGCCAGUCAGCUAAGCUAAUUGAUCAUUCUAUUGUGUUCGAUGAAAGGAGAACGUCACGACCAUACAAGUGGGCCCAGCAUCUGGCAGGCAUCGACUUUUUACCUGAGGUGUCACCAUCACUUAGGGGUUUUGAGACUUCAAAUGAUGAAACAGCAAAACACGCUGCUGUUAUCUCUGGUCUAUCAUUGUAUCGGCAGCAAAAUCGGGUGCAAACGGUUGUGCAACGGAUUCGUGCUCGGAAAAAGGCUCAGCUGGCUCUAGCGGAGCAGUUCGACUCUCUAAUGAACCUAAACUGGCCAGUUCUAGCCAGUAGAAGUGUUCCUUGGGCCUCACACGAUCCUCGCUGUAGUUUGCAUGCAUGGGUCCCUCUUUGUCCAUCUCCUAGUCAGGUUUCAACAUUGGCUGUCGCAGAAAUAGAACAAGUUCAGCUUCCUACAGAAGUUGUGGUGGACGGGAAAUCUGCCUCUUCAAAAGAAGAGGUAGAAAGCACGAGGGAGGAUGGGGAGCUUCCAUCUUUAGUUCCAGUCACUUCUAUAAAUGAUACUAAUGUCACUCCAAAUAAAAGAAUCAAUUUUGAUCCGUCCACAAAGCUGGCUUUCAUUUCAAAGAGUGCCAGCUCUCCAAUUAUAAAGGGGAAGUCACCAAGUUUUAAGAAAUACGGAGAUGAUGCAGAUCUUAUUCUGGAAUCAGAUAGUGAAGUGGAUGAUACUGUGCAGGUUGGGCAGGAUAGUAAUAAUACCCCUGGACUUGCUGGGUUCAGUGACAAGUCAUGGGUGGACUGCAAGGUUCAGGAAUAUUGUCUCGUUCUGACAAGAAAGAUGGAUAACGAGGAAAGAAAAAUGAAAUUGGAAUCCAAGAUCAAAAUCAGCAAGGAGUAUCCACUUAGGCCUCCUCUUUUCACAUUGAGCCUUUAUGAGGCGAUACAGUCGGAGAACUUUUCUAUGGUGGAUAGUUCUGUGUGGUACAAUGAACUUCGCAGCAUGGAAGCAGAGGUCAAUGCUCACAUAAUAAACGCUAUACCUGCAGAUGAAGAAAACUUAGUCUUGGCUCAUCAGGUUCGUUGUCUUGCCUUGCUGUUUGACUUUUAUGCUGAAGAUGGGGAGUCAUCGUCUGAGAAGAGAAAGAGCACUUCUGUGAUUGAUGUUGGUUUGUGCAAACCUAUGACUGGUCAGCUUGUCGCUCGAUCAUUUAGAGGUAGAGAUCAUAGGAAGAUGAUCUCAUGGAAAGACAGCUCUUGCACCCCUGGCUAUCCGUACUAAGGUAAUAUCCCAAUGUUGUUACAUUUUGUAUUAUUAUUUCUCAAAUGCUGGGUUGUUUAAAUCCAUGUGAUUGGUCUUUCGUGCUAUACCAUGUACUACUGAGAUUCACGUUGCAACAUGCCUAGUUAAAAUGUUAUGACUCCUGUUGCACAUCUUUUCAUAAUGAUGGGCAUGAUGAUAGCCACUUCCUGUUGCACCUGAAUUGGUUAGACAAUGGCUGAUUGUUUAUUUGGUCAAAGAACAUGGUGGCGUUCUGCAUUGCCAGUUGAGGGAGAUAUUUGAAAUGAUAUUGUUAGCACGUUUCAAGUUCUGACAUUGUUUAAGAUGUUCGCCAGAUCAAACUGCAGAAUUGUAAAACCAAUAAGUUAUAGAUAUAGCAUAUCUGUUUCGACGGCAUCUUUUUAUA